UAAUGUCUACUCUAUACUACUAUAUACUAUUGCUAACUGUGCUAACAAUAUACUAUACUAGCUAUCUAGUAGAUUGUGUUGAUAGACAUAAUAAAAAACAACAAGAUGCUUUAAUUACAAUGUAUUAUAGCAACUAUGGACAGGGAGCAGCCAGUAAAGGUAAGCAGGGUGCAGCCAAUUAUGCAAUUAUGGAUAUUGACGGUGAUGAAUCUGGAUCAUUCUACCGACACCACAUGAAACGGCCAUCUUAUCAUGAUUAUAAUUCAAGACCCUGGGCACGACCACAUAGACAGCCUAGACAUCAUCGUCACCAUGGUCAUCCAGGUUCGGAAAGCUAUGGUUAUGGCCAGGGCACUGAUCAGGGAACGGGAUCCGGUAUUGGAUAUUACGGUUACGACCAAAACACAGAUGAUGAAGGAACGGGAUCUGAUGGUCCUUCCUAUUUUUAUAACUUUAAACCCAGUGCUGCCAAUUAUGCCUACUAUGAAGAUAACUGA